AUGGGGUUGAAGCACCAAACUCCCAAAAGCUCUUCUUCCAACUUCUUCUCUUGUAGAUAUUCAACCAUUUUCACCUUACUUCUACUCUUUACAUCCUUUUUCCUCUUCCUUGCAUCACUUAGGAACCUUCAGGAACCAUUCUUCUGGGCUGAUUAUACCCAAUUCAAUGGUGAUCUUAGAGAUGCUAAAUUCCCAUGGAACAAACUUUGUUUCGGACCAACUUUCGAAAAGCUCAAGAUUGCUGUCUUCUCCAAGACAUGGCCUGUUGGUGCAGCCCCAGGUGGCAUGGAGCGCCAUGCUUCCACUUUGUACCAUGCACUUGCUUCUAGGGGCCAUGAGAUUCAUGUCUUCACUGUGCCUUCAGAUAGGAGGCCUCGCUGGGACAUACAUGAAGGUAACCUUCAUGUCUACUUUGCAGCAAAUGAUCAUGGCUCAGUCAACAUCUCUUUAGCAUUUGAUGUUUUCAAUAAAGUGAAUGAAAAUGGGGCAUUUGAUUAUGUGCACACUGAGAGUGUUUCGUUGCCUCAUUGGCGUGCGAAAAUGGUGCCUAAUGUGGCUGUCACUUGGCACGGGAUAUGGUAUGAAAUUAUGCACUCCAAGUUACUGCAAGAGCUUCUUUCAAAUCCAAAAGGGCAGCUAUCAGAGCCUAUGACAGAGCUUCAUGAAGCAAUGCCAAGGCUUGUCGAGGAAAUUCGUUUCUUUAAAAGCUACACUCAACACAUAUGCAUAAGCAGUAGUGCUGGUGAGGUUCUAGUUAACAUCUAUCAACUUCCCCAAAGAAAUGUCCAUGUCAUACUCAAUGGGGUUGAUGAAACAGAAUUUACCCCGGAUCAAGAAGCAGGUGCAAGGUUCCGAGAAAAAUAUGGGGUGCCUGCCAAUGUGAGCAUUGUGAUGGGAGUUGCAGGGCGGUUGGUCAGGGACAAAGGGCAUCCACUUCUCUACGAAGCCUUUUCUUCAAUUGUCAGACGCCACCCCGGUGUGUUUUUGCUUGUAGCAGGCUCAGGUCCUUGGAGAAGAAGGUAUGCUGAAUUAGGCCCCAAUGUGAAGGUUCUAGGAGCAUUGGAGCCAUUGGAGCUGUCUAAAUUUUACAAUGCACUUGAUGUGUUUGUGAACCCAACAUUGAGGCCCCAAGGGCUUGAUCUUACAUUGAUUGAAGCAAUGCAAAGUGGGAAGGCAGUUCUAACCCCAAACUAUCCAAGCAUAGUUGGGACAGUGGUUGUGGAUGAAGAAUUUGGAUACACAUUUUCACCCAAUGUCAAGUCUUUUGUAGAGGCCUUAGAGUCAGCAAUUAGAGAUGGGCCUAAUGUGCUGAAGAGGAAAGGCCUGGCUUGCAAGAAAUAUGUGGUUUCAAUGUUCACUGCAACUAAAAUGGCAUCUGCUUACGAGCGUUUCUUUCUCUGCAUGAAGAACACAAAAUAUUGCCAGUACCCUCUUCCCACAGACUGUUAAAAGUUCGUUCGGAGUUCCACCGUUGAAGCAACAUUUGGUAUAUGAAUAUUUAUACACUUUUGAAUCUUAUUUACUUAUAUAUAUGAUGUACUUAUCCGGCCAAAUAA